UGACACUAAUUAUUUGAGCCAUGGUCUAAAAUUUUUCGGUAUCAGCUGAUUCACUUUUUAAAUGCUUAAAAAUAAUUACGAAAUGCUACACUUCACAACCUGCAUCUGCAUAGCAUCAUUUUCUAUUCCAACAAAAUCAAGACAUGAGAACGCUACCAGCUACCAUCACCAUCAUGUAUUAUGGGAAUGAAUGAAUAUGUUCAGUAAAAGAUCUAUUGUUUACAGAUUUAAUCCCUAGAUCUAUCGACAUCUUCCCAUUCAUGUUGUAAUUUGAACAAUGAGAUUCUAAACGUCUAAUUCUUCUAAAUGUCGGGAUUGAAGUUGUAUCUCAAUUGUUUGUCAUGAAGUUCAUAGACAUUGAAUUCGACUACGUAUUCAGUUUGACCAUUUUCACUAGUUGGGUUGGGUUCGUUUGAUAAUUUUCCUCUCAAAGUUUCAACUGUUUAAAUGGUCAAACCCAUAUUUAAGAAUCACAAUUAAGGAUAAAAAUGGCAGGAAGAAAGAGAAAACACGAUAGAGAAAGCAGUGAGAACUGGACAAGUCUUUAAAUAGACAGGCAGAUAAUGUAGGUACGAAAAUGAAAAUAGGGAAUCGUAUUAUCAGUUUGAAAAAGAUUACCUUCAAAUUCAAGCGGACGGCAGGGAGUACAAUCGGUAACAACAUCAAAUCGAGCGUUUAUUGACCAACAACAGUUAGCAAGAUGCAUUUCGAUUAUUGAUAAAGAUUCGAAUUGGGGAAAAACCCUAAGAUUUGAACUUCUGAAGCAAUUUUUUACUGACUUCAUACUGUGGUUUUAGAUAGUGAUUCUCUUGGAAGACCUUUCCAAAUGGAUGUAAACAGACUGCAGAAAGCGCAAGAGGCCCUUGAUGCCGAAAUUAAAUCAUUUUUUGAUUCAGCUCCCCCUUUGAGGAAUAUUGAGGAUAUCGGCAAAGAUUUAAGAAAGUUUGUUGAAUUUAAUCCACCCCAAGCCGGAACUCAAAUUGACAGGAAAGUUGUUUGUGUGACAUCUGGUGGCACCACAGUUCCUUUAGAGCAAAGAUGUGUUCGCUAUAUAGACAACUUCAGCUCAGGUCACAGAGGCGCAGCGUCCACAGAGUACUUUCUGAAGGCUGGAUAUUCAGUUAUCUUCUUAUAUCGAAAGGGAACCCGUCAACCAUAUUGCAGUUUGCUCCCUGAUGAUCCGUUUCUGGAGUGUCUUGAGUUCACUCAGGAGUCAGGCAUACAAGUGCGCCAGCCUUAUUCGGAAGCAGUUAAGAAUGCAAUCAGUGAGCAUCAUGCUGCAAUAGCAAAUGGCACACUUCUGAAACUUCCUUUUACAACGAUUUUUGAGUAUCUUCAGAUGUUGCACCUGGUUGCAAUAUCAAUGAGGAGUAUUGGACCCCAUGCACUCUUUUAUCUUGCUGCAGCUGUCUCUGACUUUUACGUUCCAUGGGAGAGCAUGGCAGAGCACAAGAUUCAGUCAGGAUCAGGGCCUUUAGACAUGCGACUUGUUCAGGUGCCAAAGAUGCUAUCAAGGCUGAGGAGUGAGUGGGCUCCAAUGGCGUACUGCAUAUCCUUCAAGCUAGAGACUGAUGUAAAAAUCCUCUUGGAGAAGGCAAAUGCAGCUCUGAGAAAGUACAAGAUGCAUAUGGUCAUUGCAAAUGAACUUUUGACUCGGAAAGAGGAGGUGACUCUUGUUACCACAAAUGAAAAGAUUCAUGUUCGGCGUGAUCCAAAACUGGUUGGCGACAUUGUAGAGAAACAUAUUAUCAAACAUGUUGUCGACAAGCAUUCUGCUUACGUGGAUAAUUUCGACCACAAAGUCUCAAGGGCCAGUGGAUCAUAGGAGUAAUUGAGUACAAAAUUGAAAAGCCCUUAUCUUUUGGUUAUACUUUCCUUGCCUGGUUUACAUGGUUCUGCUCUUGGCGUCGAAGACCAAAUAUUCCUCCUGAGUUAUUUAAUUUUGUCGAACGUAAAGUUUAGCGCGAAGCUUUACAUAGAUGCAAUUGUUCUAAUUUUACAGAUUGUUAAUGAUCCUCAAUUUCUCAUGUAAAAGCUUGUUAUUUCACUGAUUAGUGAAAGUUAAAGCGGCUUUUAGAGGCAUGGCAUACAAAGUUGCGUUAAUAAAAUCAUGUCCUUUAUGUCCUUUUCAGUUACUUUUUGUAAUAGCAAACUUAGCUGGUUGGAUAUUCCAUUUGAGUUUGAAUUAGAUACCCAACUUUUAACCAA